CAAUAAACAUGAAAACUCUCAUCAUCAGGCUGUUUAGAGAGUGUAGUUAGAAGAUGAUCACGGAACAGUGAACCAAAGUUUUCAUCAUUAGAAUCAGUGUAAAUGCAUACAUUUGUGAGUGAGCUCUGAGUGACAAUUAACUCGAAAACCUAGUCGGAUUCCUCGUUCCUCGCCAUGGUGGAAUCGGGCAGCAUCAGCCGGACCAGUCCGGCCGGAUCGUCUUCGAUUGUGGCGGCCGGAGUUCGCAGCGGCAUCCUGGAGACACGGGUCCGAGGCGCCUGGUAUCGCGUUUCGGUGACCCUCGAAACCGACUACAUUUCGGUCAGCUUGGACGAAACCUGCGAACCCGUCGAUCACAGCACCACCCUUAAUGGGACCUUGGGGAGCAACCACAGUGGCAACAACAGCUCGAACAACUCCUCGCAACCUUCGUCGGCGGGCACUUCCGGUCCCUCGAUUCACUCGUCGGAUGGGCUGAUGAGCAGCAGCAAUGGUGGAGGCGGCCCGAGCCCGAGUGUUAUAGGUGCCGGAGGCGGCACAACCAGCAACGGUGCGACCACCCCGGCCGGAAGUGGUGGUUUGGUACUGAAUGGUGGUGGGGGAAUAGGUGGAGCCGCAGGAACAGGGACCAUUCUCAAUGGGGAUAAUUUCCUGAACAACAACAACAACAACAAUGGCAGUGGGGCUGUGAGUGCGAAUGGAAGCAAUAAUGGGGGAAUCAAUCUGAAUAACAACACCGGGAUUGUUGGGGUAGCGGGAAGUGGAAACGGAAGCAACAAUAAUAGUAUCGAUAAUGGGAUCGCCGAGAUCUGUGACGUGCCGGACUCGGUGGCCAAUCAGAAGCGGCAUGUUCGAGUCAUCAAAUCGGAUAACAAUGGCCUGGGGAUUUCGAUUAAAGGGGGUCGCGAAAACAGAAUGCCGAUUCUGAUAUCGAAGAUCUUCCGAGGGAUGGCCGCGGACAACGUUAAGGGUUUGUACGUGGGGGAUGCCAUUCUGUCGGUGAAUGGGGAAGAUUUGCGUGAUGCCACCCAUGAGGAAGCUGUGAGAGCGCUGAAACGAGCCGGUCGAGUGGUGGAUCUGGAAGUGAAAUUCCUGCGCGAGGUGACACCCUACUUCCGGAAGGCGAGCAUCAUUUCCGAGGUCGGCUGGGAGCUGCAGCGAGCCUUCCUGUGUCCCCUGGGGCCGGGAGCAUCUUCACCCCCGGCUGCGACCCCUCGAUCACCUCCGCGAGCUGAUACCCGCUACAUUCCCCUGCAGUUGACACAUUUGGCGCGAAAUCUCAAGUACCACGAUGCCGGUAAGUCUUUUAGCUCGGGGAGAAGGAAAAAGCUGAAUCAAAUUUUUCCUGUUUUUUUUUUUGCUUUCUGCCUUUUGGGUCGGUGACAAUCGAACCGCCAAGCCACCACCAUCAUCAUCAUCGCCGGUUCAUCAAUUGAAUUGGUUCGAAAUUGGGUUGAUUGAAAAGGUUUAGCCAACUUUUUCGCGGGCCGGGACCUUCUUUCUGUCGUU